GAUAACUCCAUUACCAUUAUUUUGUCAUCAUUGGCAAUGUACCGUACUAAUAUAUUCCUCGAUCUGCUCCGAACACCUGACAAUUCUUUGCUGCGUUGGUGUGCUUAUCAUGGAGACAUCCGUUCGGUAUUAUCGUCCAGUGUACUUCAUGGAUACAUGCGUGUUGAGUGUGCAGAACAGCUAGGAAAACAAGUUAUUAUUCAAUUGAAUGGAAAACGAGAUUUCGAGUUCAGCUUUCUUUCCACAACACUGAUCAAAGGCAAAGAAAAGCUUCAUGAACUUCCUCAAUUUAGAUUUGACUUCGCGUCAGCUCGCCUAUUCACAAGCUGCAGUGAGAAGAACAAUGUGUGAUAUUCCGCUGAAUUCCUUCAUAUGGUCAACGCAGUAGACAUUGAGAUUCCAAUUGAGUUCAUGAAUGAGUUCCAGUUUGAGUACCCGAUCGAGUUCCUGUUUGAUGGAGAAUGGGAUCUUCCACGAUGUAUUGGCAUCUCUAUUUUACCUUGAUCCUGAUGAGAUGUGGUGAUAUUGAGGUCGAUCCUGGACCAAGCAGCACUAGUGUCAGCGACGAGGAGCUGAUACACCUAUCAAAGCUAAUCGCACCUGGCUUCUACGAUGAGUUAGGUGUUAAUCUCGGGUUUUCCCUCGCUGAACUAGCACAAAUCAAGCAAUGCGCCAUAGAUACCAAGGAUGCAUUCAUCAAAGUGUUCUCGAGAUGGAGGGACAAACAGCUUCCAGACGCAAACGUCAGGGAUCUCCUUGCAAAUGCAUUACAACAGAGUGAAUUGGGGACUCUUUCUGCUGAUUUAUUGGCUAAUGUUGUAGCUCAGUCACGUUCGUCCAUGACAGUUCUAGGGCUAAAGAUCCAAUCACUUUCCCCUGACCAGAUCAAGACAUGUAGAGAUGAGCUCAAAGACAAGUACAGGACUGAUUUCUGUAUGAUAAGAGCUGACCCACUAGAUCCUGAUUCUGUUGUUCCUUUUGAAGAUAUGUACACUAAUCUUUUCUUGGAAGAGGAAAAGCGAAAGAAAAGGUAUCAACUUGAGUACAAGGAUCUCUUUCAUCUCAAAGUGAAUGGAGUGUUCCCCAAACGGAUUAUGAUCCAAGGAGAGGCAGGGGCUGGAAAGACCACAUUCUUGGCUAAGAUUGCAUGGGACUGGAUAAACGAUAGACCAGAGCUCUCAAAGUUUGUGUGGGUACUUGUCAUCCCUCCGCAUGUAGCCAAGCGAUACACGAUCGGUCAGAUAGUUAAGUCAUAUCUUUCAAAGGACAACCCAGCAACAGCCUGUCAGAUCACUGAGUACAUCCGCUCAAAUCCAGAAAAGGUAUUCAUUACCUGUGAUGGAUUAGAUGAGUUUAGUGGAAAUGUUCUACGGCACACUGAAAGCAACCAAGGUUCAGAAGGUACUCAGCCAGAGUCUGCUGGUCAAACCAAAGUAGGAUCAGAAACAAGUCCAUCAAGUGCAUCUAUGCGCCAAAUAACCAACCUAGAAGUCAAUGCUACUUCUUUUGAGAGAGGUGAUAUCACAGUUGAAGACAUUCUUCGCUCAGAUGAACUUCGUUCUUGCCCAGUAAUGGUGACAUGCCGUCCGUGGAAGGCCAAUGAAAUAAGAUGGAAUGAUAGUUUGAGAAGACUAUACACAUUCAUCCAUGUGGGUGGCUUUAGCAGGGAGAAUGCAAAGGCUUACAUUCACAAUUAUUUCAAAGAUACCGAGGCUACAGCAGAUGAAUUCAUCAAAUGGUUUGAAAGCAAUGGCAUAUCAGAGAAUAUGGCAUUAUAUCCUAUCUACAUAUCUAUGCUCUGUCACAUGUGGGGAGAACCUGAUGAUGUCAAGAAAGAAGAGUUCAAGUCUUUUCAAACCUUUUCUGACAUAUUCCGUGAAGUGUUUGAAUCCCUAUAUGUGCGACAUGUCCAGAAAGAGAUCACAGAUCUAAGCAGUCCGGCUUUCAAUACACGUCGCUCUGAAAUUGAGAAACUCAUGGAACCAAUUGCCAAACUUGCUUUUACUGGACUAGAAUCAAACGACUCUAUCUUCGAUGAAAACGAUCUUGGACAGUUCUCAGACUCUGUGAAAACAUCAUGCAAGUUAGGAGUGUUGUCACAAGAGAAUAAGCUCUCAUCCAUUCAUGAUAAGAACAGGCCGUACCUGCAGUCAACAUUUUUCUUUCCUCAUAAACUAUUCCAGGAGUACAUGGCUGCAGUCUAUCUUGCUUCUCUCUAUGAAUCAGAUCACAAUGAAUUUAAGAGGCUGUUCGAGGAAGUAGUGAUCCCUAGGAAGGAAGAGUUUAGGUAUCUCUUAUACUUCACUGUACCAUGGAGCAAGAACAUUUCUAAGUAUGUCAUGCAUUUCCUGUUACAACAGUACGCCCAAAGCCGAGGCAGUUUUGCGCAGGAGGAGAUGAAUUUCUUGGACGAUGUAGCUUUUGAGAGUCGAGAUGAAGAUGCCAUAGGCUUGCUUAGGAGUUCAGUAUCAUCUCUGUCCAUUGAUGUUAAUGAUGUGCACACUAUAGCUGGUUAUGCAUCCACCAGGAUACAUUCAAAGGCGGUAGGAUGGAUAAAACUGCUUGUAUUUAAAUUUACACAAGAAAAAUCACCCUGAUAUCAUGCAUGUUUAUCUUAUUUUAAUGCAGUAACACACCAUUAGGAGUAGGCCUAUAAGGGAGAUCUUAAUAGUUUGGAUACGGCCAUAAGGAUAAUUAAGACAAACACCACAAGCUUUGCAGACACCAAUUCGUUGAUAUAGGGAACCUGAAAUCUUGAAUUGGACAGAUAAUGGGUCAGAUGCAUAAAAAGUAGCAAUUGCUGGCAAGCAAUUGCUUCAAGCACAAGCAAUAGCAAGCCAAGCAAACGAUCAUGCUUCAGCAAUUGCUUUAUUUCAUAUGCAUAACCCUUUGCUAGUGCUUCAACCCUUUUCUUGCCUUCAGAAAGCAAUUUCCCGUGGUUUGAACAAUAGCGACGUCACUCUGGUGCAAACACGACUCACAGAGAAGGCAGGACACGAACGCAAAUGUUUGGCAGUGCAAUUACCGCUUCUUUCAUAUAACAUCUCUUCCUCAGACCUGGUCUCAUACACAGCAAAAACUGUGGUGUUAACCGGUGGACCACACCAGUUAUGUGUUACACCGGUGUUAAAUUGGUGGUGUUAGUUUUACACCUAUAGGUGUUAUUACAACACCUAUGGUUGUUACAUUUACACUCUCUGGUGUUAUGUUCAAUCUCUAGGGUGUUAUUUUAACACCUCAGGGUGUGGUCCUCUAUUAACACCAAUUGGUGUCAUUUUUAACACCACAGUUUUUACAUUGUACUAACUUGUUCCUUUUUGAUAAAUUUAUAUAGCUGGCAUUUGAUUUGUACUUAUUAGGAAUAAAACAUGUACAUGUAGGCUACGGUACUCUUUGGAAUUCUCGGGUGCUUACACAUGAUUUAAAAAAAACGCGAACACCCUGAUCAAGCAGAUGCUCAAGCUGCUCUGCCCGAGCUUGAAAGAAAAAACACAAGCAAGUGCUCAAACGCACAAGCAAAAUUUUCGCUUUAUGCAUACGAUUUUUGUUUUUCAAAAGCUUAAUUUUCAAAGAAGUGGUAACGGUCAGUUAGCGAUUGCUUGAACAUAGUAGCAGAAGCAUUUGCUCGUUCAUUUUUAUGCAUUCGGAAUCAAGCAAAAGCCUAUAGAAAAAGCAAUUAAUAAUUUUUAUGCAUCUGACCCAAUGCCCUUGAUAUGGAAGCACCAUUAUUCAAAUUAGAAGAUAUGUAUCCGUUGAAGUAUUUCUUGCCUGUAUGAAUAGUAAAGGUUUUGAAUAGUAAAGAUAAGACAAUUUGCAAACGGC